CCGAUCAUGAAGUGGAAACCCGCACUCGUCCAUUUCGUCAAAAGUUGUACAACAGAGUGGUUUGGACUGGUUCAGCGCUGGUCAAUCGUUUGUUGAUUAUCUCGACCAGGAAACUCUUCUCUUGAAUUGACGAUUAUCAUGGCUGCCGUAGCUACCAAGGACAUUGAGAAACCGGUCGUCGAGACUGCGACCGUUCAUCGUAUCCGCAUCACGCUGACCUCCCGGAAUGUGCGCAGCCUGGAGAAGGUGUGUGCCGAUCUGAUCGCCGGGGCAAAGAAGCAAAAGUUGCGUGUGAAGGGUCCAGUCCGCAUGCCGACCAAGAUCCUCCGCAUCACAACCCGUAAGACUCCUUGCGGUGAGGGUUCGAAGACUUGGGAUCGUUUCCAGAUGCGCAUCCACAAGCGUAUCAUCGAUCUGCACUCGCCAUCGGAAAUCGUGAAACAAAUCACCUCGAUUAACAUGGAACCCGGUGUAGAGGUCGAAGUAACGAUUGCUGACCCUUAGGCUAUCGCUGCUAAACCUUAUUCACGGCGAUCGGUAUGUGAUCAGUUCUCUCUGUCUCACUGGUCGCAGGACCAUAAAGCCCCAUUGCACUAUGUGCAACUAACAACUAGGCAUUGUUUUGCUCUAGUUUGCGUUACUUCACUUCACGCUUAACAUCAAAGAAGUAACGAACCACGUUCCCGUAUUGUUUGUUUUUGUACAUCUGGUGAAAUUACCAUCAUUAGAGUUAAACAUCUAUAUGGAAAAUAACAUAGAAGUAUUUAAACGUUUGAACGAACGUGUCAAGGGGUAAAA